CUGGCGCUAGGUGGCGCUCCCGAGCUCCGAAGCAAGAAAGCCGCGUGACCAUGGCAACCAGAGCCGCCUCAGCAUCAUUGGGGAGCCGGGCCGGCACGCGGAGGAGCCCACCUCCACACGGAGGAGUCCAUCCUCCUCUAGGGCUCCUUUGCGGAGCCGAGCCCUGCACGGCGGCGCGAAUAAUAGCCGGAGGCAGGGCGGUGGUUUGAGCAGAGAGUCAUGCCUAAGGGGAGGCGGGCCAAUCCCAGCACGGCCCGGGAUGGCGCCUGGUUCACACAAUGUGAAAAGCUGCAAAUAUAUCCUGAAUCUCUUACAGCCACUAUGCAAAAACAGAUACUAAAUCCAGAAGCUACUCGUCAGGUUGACAGCAGAUUGCCACUGAUGUACAAACUUCGGGAAAAGAAACCAGUAAAUACAUUUCCAUUUUCAAUCCAUGACAAUAGACAUUGCUUACUGAAUGUAGGAGAAUACUUAGAUUCUGGGCUAGGACUAAGGAAAUUUCAACGAGAAAAGUGUCAACACUAUUCGCAAAACAUCCUUUUUUUGGCCCAUGAACCUUUUCCAAGCAGUACUAGUAAUCGUACCAUUUAUCAAACUUCAUUUGUCCAGUAUCCAAAUACUGAGCAGCCCUUUCUGGGACGAUUUCCCAGAAGUCACAUAGAGAGGUCCAUUGCUUUGACUCCUGCUGAUAAGAAUGAUUGUAUGUGGUUUUCAAAAUUCUAUGCUAGUCCUAAUCAUUUAGUUCCUGGUGAGCCUGAUAGAAGUUCUCUCUCUGAGCCUAAGCAACUUUUACCUGCUGUAUAGGCAACAGAAUAAAUGUCCAUGUAAAAUGGAUACUAAAGCAUAUUCCAGACUGGAUUUAUAAUAGGCUUUUUAAGAUUAGCAAAUAUUACCUUAAUGCUUAUUCCUCUCUCCCCCCACCCCCCUGAUAUGAAAUUAUUUUAAGAAUCUACAUGGCAUUAAAGUAAUAUGAAUUGGA